CUCUCUCUCUCUCGACCAACAACCACCCCCACGCUCCACUCUCCCCCACAGCGCGCGCUCUUCUGCAUUCGCUGCGCUCGCCUCGUGGAGGUCCCCGCCUCGAACCGUCGUCCAGCGUGAGUGCCCUGGAGUGGAGAGGCACUUUGACCACCUCGUGGGGUGAGGGGCGUGGCUAGGGGAGCGGUGGCGCAGUGAUUAGCGCACCGAUUGCUGCGCUUACGAGAGCGACCCACCGAACCGGGAUCGAUUUCCACCGGCGACGUUUCGGGCGCAGAGGCUACCCGGCGGCACGCCCCAAUCUGCUCUACGCAGUAGGCGGUGGUGACGGUGGUGGUGGUGGUGCUGGUGGUGGUUGAAGCCCCACCAUGAGGAGGUGGUGGUUGGCGGUGGUGGUGGCGGUGGUGGCCGUGGCCCCGCUGGGCCACGCUAGGACGUGGCGACACUUCCUCGCGGCCGAAGAGAGGCCCUGGGACUUCGGCACGCAGGGGGCACGCUGGGAGACCAAGGCCGUGUUCGUGGGGUACAAAGACGCGAAAUUCCAGGACGAUGUCCCCACAGAGCCCUGGCAAGGUCUCCUGGGCCCUGUGUUGAGGGCAGAGAAGGGUGACACCAUCGAAGUGGUCUUCCUCAACAGGGCCGCGCGGCCCUACAGCCUGCAUGCGCACGGCGUCGCAUAUCGAAAGAGUUCCGAGGGCGCCGCCUACGUGGACGGCACCUCCACCGAGGAGGAGAAGGCGGACGACGCCGUGGCCCCGGGCCAGCGCCACACGUACGUGUGGGGGGUUGACGAGGGGCCCACGGACCUCGACCCCGAGUGCCUCACCUACGCCUACCACUCGCACGUGGACACCGUCAGGGACGCCGGCUCGGGGCUCUACGGGGCGCUCGUCGUCUGUAGGAAUGGCUCGCUGGACGUGCACGGUCGGCAGAAGCUGGCGGAGCGAUCUAUCGUGCUGGCGUUCGCCUCCUACUCGCAGGCGCACAGCUGGUACAGCGCGGGCAGCGAACUCACCUACACCAUCAACGGCUUCGAGCGGGGACACAUCCCAGAGCUAACGCUGUGCGCGAGGGAGAACACGACGCUCCACCUGCUGUCCCCUCCGUCUGCUGCCGGGGUCUUCUCCGUGCACGUCGAGGGGGUGGUGGGUGUGGAGGCCGGGCUGGCGCGCUCCGUGGUCACGCUCGAUCCCGGCGAGUCGAGCACCCUGGAAGUGGCGCCCGAGUUCACCGGCAGUGGCCGCGUGUUCAGCACGCUCAACGCUCACCUGCUCGCCGGCCUACAGGCGCCGUUUCAGGUGGUGCGUUGCCAGGGCUACACGCCGGGCCCCCAGCCUCGACGCAGCAUCCUGAGCAAGGCACCGCACACUUGGAAGUUCUUCAUCGCCGCCGUCGAGGUCCUGUGGGACUACGGCGCUAGCCUGCAGGACUCGGCACCAGCGGAGCUGCGCUCGAGCUACCUGGAGAACCGGGAGGGGCGCGUGGGCCGCUGGUACAAGAAGUCCAUCUUUGUGCGCUAUGAGGACGACUCGUUCCUGGAGGAGGCCCAGGUGGAGAAGGACGACUACCUGGGCAUCCUGGGGCCCGUCAUCCGCGCCAACGUCAACGAGUUCGUCGAGAUCGUCUUCCUCAACCUCGCCUCACGUCCGAACUGCAUCUACCCCUUCGGUGUUCCCUUCCAUAGCGAGUGGGGACCUUCAGACUGCUCCAACUCCAGUGAGCACGUGCCCCCCGGCGCGAGCCGCACGUACCGCUGGAAGGUGUCGGACAGCGCGGGGCCCCGCGAGGGCGACCUCCGCUGCCUCACGGGCGCCUACGUUGGCGCGGUGGACAUGGCACGAGACGUCGCCUCGGGGCUGCUGGGGCCGCUCGUCAUCUGCAAGCCCGAUUCACUCAGCCCCAUGGGACGCCAGAAACGCGUGGAUGAGGAGUUGUUCACGCUCCACACGGUCUACGACGAGAACCUGAGCUGGUACGCCGAGGAGAACGAACGGAACUACACUCAGCGUGCUGCUGGUGGCCCCGGUGCUGGUGGCCCAGGUGGUGGUGGUGGUGGUGGCGGUGGCCCAGGUGGUGGUCGAGCCGACGAUGCUGGAUUCUACAAGUCUAACCUCAUGGCCACCGUCAAUGGCUACGUGCACGGGCCCGUUGUGUCGGCCUGCCCGGACGUGCACGUCAUCUGGCACCUGCUGGGCCUCGGCUCGCAGGGCCUGGUGCUGCCCGUGGGCGUGGAGGGCCACGCCCUCGCCACGAGCCACGGGGCCCAGCCCGCCGUGGCCCUCUACCCCGGCUCCUUCGACACCGUCAUGUUCGCCACCACCCACACAGGCCGCUACCCAUUCGGCUACCUGGGUGACGACGUGCAUCUCUCGGGCAUGCGGGGAUUCCUCAUCGUGGAGACGUGCGAAGAGGAGGCCGACCCAAGCGACGCCGACUCCUCGGCCAUCUGGGUCCUUCCCGCCUCCUCCUCAUCCUCCUCAUCCUCCUCAUCCUCCUCAUCCUCCUCCUCAUCCUCCUCAUCCUCCUCCCCGGUGAACGCCGGCGACUCGGAGCGUUUCUCUUCCAAGCAGUCGCCACCGCCCGCACCGCCCGCGACGCAGGAUGCCCACGACCACAUCUGCGUCGUCUUCCCGGACGCCUGCGGCGACGACGGGCGGAUCAACCUGCGCUCCUUCUCCUCCUCCUCCUCGUCGUCUUCAUCGUCGUCGUCCGCCGGGCGGCCCGCCGGGCGGCGCACGGCCGCGGCCGCCGCCGACUCCGGCGUCGUCCGCACGAUGAAGAAGUUCCGCCGGGGGUGGCUCGGCAAGCGGGCGGGAGACGCGGCGGCGGAGCGGGGGCGGCCGCGGCCGCCGCCGCCGCCGCUGUCGGAGGCGGACGACGAGGAGCUGAAGAGGGCCCUGGGGAUGGAGGCGGACGGGGCGGGAGACAAGCCACGGUGGUGGGGGGGAGGCACGGCCGUGCACGUGGGAGACGACGAUUACGCGGACGGCGGCGGCGGAGGAGGAGGUGAAGUAGGAGGAGGAGUGGUAGGAGAAGUUGGAGGAGGAGGAGGAGGUGUAGGAGGUGUGGCAGGAGGUGUAGUAGGAGUAGCAGGAGGUGUAGCAGGAGAUGAAGUAGGAGUAGCAGGAGGUGUAGAAGGAGUAGCAGGAGGUGUAGCAGGAGUAGUAGGAGAUGUAGCAGGAGAUGAAGUAGGAGUAGCAGGAGGUGUAGCAGGAGAUGAAGUAGGAGUAGUAGGAGGUGUAGCAGGAGGUGUAGGAGGAGUAGUAGGAGAUGAAGUAGGAGUAGCAGGAGCUCCGGGCGGCGGCGCUCCCACCGCACUGCCGACCGCCGCACUGCCGACCACCGAGCCACCGCCACCGCCGUCGCCGUCGUCGGAGGCGGAGUCGGAGGCGGAGUCGGAGGCGGAGUCGGAGGCUGAGUCUGAGGGUCGCGGGGACAUGAGCGUCUUUGAGCGGCGGUGCGCGCAGUCCGCCGGCGGCUCCUGCGGCCUUGCGACGCGGCCGCGCGGCGGCCCGCCGACGCCGGAGGCCGACGGCGAUGGCGCCGUGCCGGGCAGCCGCAAGGACGCCCUGGGACCCUCCGGGGUGGACGCGGGUUACGGCGGCGACGGCGGCGGCGGCGGCGGCGGCGGCGACGGCGGUGCGGCGGUGUCGCCGGUGAGCUGGGAUUGGCGGCGGGGCCUGAGCGAGGAGGAGUUGGAGGAGGAGGAGGAGGAGGAGGACCGCGGCUGA